AUGCGACACCUGGAUAUCACCUGUCAUCUGGAAGGUUGACUUUUUUUAGCCUGAUGUCUCUCAUCUGGUUGAUGCUGCUGUUCUCAGCUCAUGUGGCUGAAUGUGUGCCCGAGAAGCCGAAGAGAUCAGCUCUGAACCAGCUGACAAGGACCCUCCUGAGGAAAUACGACUGCGGAGUUCGACCUGUUCACAACUGGACCAGUCCCACCAUCAUCUACAUAGACCUCAUCCUGCAGUCUGUCCUCGAUGUGGAUGGAAAGACCCAGAGCAUAACUACCAGUAUUUGGUACAGACAGAUCUGGACAGACGAGUUUUUGGUUUGGGACCCAGAGGAGUUUGAUGGCAUCAAUGAGAUCUCGCUGUCAUCUGAUGCCAUCUGGAUUCCCGAUGUUAUCGUCAGUGAAUUUGUGGACGAGGGGAAGUCCUUGCCGAUCCCCUAUGUGUACGUCAACUCCUCUGGCUCAGUGAAGAACUACCGGCCCAUGCAGGUGGUACUGGCCUGCAGCCUGGAGAUGUACGCCUUUCCAUUUGACAAGCAGAACUGCAGCCUUACCUUCCGCAGCUGGCUUCACUCAGUGAAGGAAAUCGACCUGGCGCUGUGGAGGAGUGCUGAGGCCAUUGCUAAUGAUAAGAGGGAGUUCAUGAACGACGGAGAGUGGGAACUGUUGUCCAUUCCUUCCAGCUACUGGCAAAUCCACCAAGACAACACUGACUAUGCUCACAUCCAGUUCAACGUGUUGAUCCGCCGGCGCCCCCUGCUGUAUGUGGUGGGACUCCUCAUCCCCAGCAUCUUUCUCAUGCUGGUAGAUGUGAUCAGCUUCUACCUGCCUCUGAACAGCGGCACACGCAUUGCCUUUAAGAUCAGCAUCCUGCUGGGUUACACUGUCUUUAGAGUCAACCUGACAGAUGAUCUGCCCGCCACUGCAGUGAGGACUCCACUCAUAGGUGUGUUCUUUGCAGUGUGCAUGGCCCUGUUGAUGCUCAGCCUGAUCAAGUCUAUUCUGGUGGUGAAGCUGCUCCACCACAGUGAGAAGGAGGUCAGGCAAAUGUCAGUGUCUGCCUGCCUGCUGGACAAGUACGGCUCAGUUGGUCACGGCUUCACAGAGAGCGCUUUAACCUCCAUUAAGACCCUCGAUCACAUCAACCCAUCUGGAGAUUAUGAGCUUGAGCCGUCACUGGAGGAGGACCUGCUGUCCCUGAAUGAGAUCCAGGAUGCUCCAUCUGGGCUGGAGUGGCUUCUCCAGGAGCUGGUUUCUCUCCGCCUGGCUUUAUCCCAGGAGGACAGUGAGUCUUCGGCUCAGGCAGAAUGGCUGGCCCUCUGCUCCAAGCUCGACUGCUUCCUGUUUCGCUUCUACCUGCUGGUUCUGGCCUCAUAUGCCGGUACGCUGCUGAUGCUCUGGACCAGCUGGAGCUUCGCCUGACCACACAUUCAGACACUUUUUUUUUAAUACUCUUACUGAAAGCAUUUCUUGCUAAUGGUGU